UUUAAUCCAGAUGAAGUGAUAGUUCGUUUGUCAAUUGGUGAUAUGAUUGGUCGAAAGACAACUGUUGAAAAUGUACCGUGGACGGCGAAUCAAGACCCGCUAGAAAAUAUGCCAUCAGAUUGGAGUCGUCCUGAACCAAAUCCGGUAGCACCAAAAAACAAUAUCACAGUUUUCACCUUUCUCGGUAUACCAUACGCAGAACCGCCUGUUUCGCAACGAAGAUUCAAGCCACCACAAUACAUCAGCGAAUUGCCGGGUGAUAAGCCUUACAUAGCACUUGAAUAUGCGGCUGUAUGUCCCCAAGAUGUUGAAAGUAGACCGAAUAUACUGAUAAAUGAUGCUUAUCCGUUUCGUGUGAGCGAGGAUUGCUUGUACUUGAAUAUAUUCACACCUGAUGCAUCAAAAGUAUCUCAAUUGAUGUAUCCAGUACUGGUAUUUUUUCACGGUGGUAAUUUUCAAACAGGAUCUGCAAACGAGUGGCCUGGCGAAGUGUUGGCAUCGCGUGGAAUCGUGGUGGUUACGGUCAACUAUCGAUUGGGUGUGUUUGGAUUCAUGAGUAUGGGUGAUGAUGUGACUGGGAAUUAUGGCAUACAAGAUCAGCGAAUGGCAUUGCAAUUUGUACGUGAUCAUAUCUCAUCGUUCGGUGGAGAUCCACAAUCGGUGACGGUUGUUGGGCAUGACGCUGGCGGGGUUAGCGUUGGAAUACAUAUGCUGUCGCCUUUGUCAGUCGGUUUAUUUCGGUCGGCAUCAGCCAUGUCUGGCGCAGAAGUGUCGUAUCAUUCGGUGAUAACAAAACCAGCGUUGGCAUUCAACAACACCAUAAAGUUGGGUCGGUAUUUGGGAUGUACUCAACUGAUUGCGGAGGAUGUUUGGAACUGCAUUUUGACUAGAUCGACAAACGAUAUCAUUCAAGCAGUUUGGACUAUUCCGGUAGAAUACAAUCGUUAUGUGUUUUUGCCAACAGUGGAUGGAAAGCAAAUACCAGCGAGUCCGUUGUUCAUGUUGAGUGUUAUACCGGAUGGGAGAAUGAAUUACGCAUCACCAGUGCCCUAUUUGACGGGAUUGAAUAGGAAUGAUGGGGUCGAGGUUAUAUUGGAGAAUCGUUUGCUUGGUGAAUUCAAUGAUUUUUUGCUGGUGGAUCAGCAGUUCCUGAGAAGUUUCGUGUUGGAAUAUGCGUUCCGUCAUAACUAUACGAUGAAUCGUGAAGCGAUCUGCGAGGCGAUCAUCGAUCGAUACACAUUUUGGCCAGAUCCCUCCAACGAAUCUGCUAUUCGGAAUAAAUUCAUCGAGUUGGCAACCGACACGUACUAUGUGGCACCAGUCAGUUUGUCGGCCAACUUGCACUCGGCCGCGGGUUCGCGAACUUUCAUGUACGUGAAUAAUUAUGAAUUUGGUAGAGCCGGUGGUGCGAAUCAUAGCUUCUUACCGUAUUGGAUCGGUGUGUGUCAUGACUGUGAUUUGUAUUUGCUGUUCGGUUUCCCGUUCAUGAAAACUGAUCUAUUGCCAUCGUCGUAUUUGAAGAAUGUGAAAUGGACGGAUUAUGAUCGUAACGCAAGUCAACUAUUCACAACGAUUUAUCGACAGUUUUUGAAAAAUCAGAAUCCAAGUUUCCCAUAUGAUGCGUCAUGGGUACCGUACGAACCUCGUGCUCAUUGGUACGUGGAUUUUAAUUAUCGGAAUUGGACGCAGAUGACUAUACCUGGCAUACUGAUGCGUGAUUAUCGUUGGGAAGAUGUGGCGUUUUGGAAUGUUUAUAUUCCUGCGUUGGUAGAGUAUAUGACAACGACGUUCUCACCACUGCAAGCUUUGAUGCGUCGUGAAGUACUGGCAUAUCAAAUUGGUAUCGGCGUUCUGUCGUGUGUCCUGAUGGGAAUCACUGUACUGGCGUGUCUUUUUGCGUAUCUCUUCUUCGAGAGAGGCACCAAAAGACGACCACUUCAUAAGAAUAAUAACAGUGUUGAGGAGAUGGAACUUGAUAGAAAAAGUCUGCUGAGAACAAAUGGCAGUGAUAGAAGUAGCAAGGGUGGCAGUAGGGAUGAUCGUAGAAGAGCGGAAAGAGAUGGUAUUUUGAAGGUUUCCAGUUUGUGA